CGGACUCCUAGUAAAGACGAGCCAAAGACUUCGACAACACAACAAGUGUUUGCUUGCUUGAAAAUAUUAUUUUAAUAUAAUAUUUUAAUAUACAAUUAUAUUAUUUUAAUAUACAAUUAUAAUUUGAGAAGGUGCUUUCUAACAAGGUCCCACCGUGUGACGUCAUCGGCGUGACGUCAUGCUUCCGGUGGAUCCCGGUGUGUUCAUCGGCACGGCGGCUGACCUCCAUGAUGAGGCAGCCUUGGCCGCUGCCUCCAUCACGCACAUCCUGUCCGUGGACUCUGUGGACCCUGGACCUGGGCUCUCGGACUACUGCACUAAGUGGGUCAAUGUCCUGGACCAGGUGACCUCUGACCUCUUGAGCCACAUGGACGCCUGCUUCCUGUUCAUCCAGGAAGCAGUGAAGGCAGGCGGCGCCGCACUCGUCCACUGCCAGGCUGGACGCAGUCGCAGUGCCACCAUUGUGACCGCUUACCUGAUGAAGACAUACCAGCUGGACUUUGUGGAGGCUUACUGCAGACUGAAGACUGUCAAGCAGGAUGUGCAGGUGAACAGUGGCUUUGAGGAGCAGCUGUGUCUCUACCAGUCCAUGUGUUGUGAAGUGGACACCUGCAGUCCACUUUAUAAACAAUACAGACUCACCAAGAUCACACAGAAAUAUCCUGAGAUGCAGCAGGUACCCAGGGAGGUGUUUGCAGCAGACCCCGCCCACUGCAGCUCUUCUGAAGCCUCCUAUCGAUGCAGGAAGUGCAGAAGAAGUCUGUUCCGCAGCUGCAGCCUCCUCAGUCACCCAGUGGGAGAAGGAGCGUCCGCCUUCGCCCACAAGAAGUCCAGUACUGUGCCAGGAGGAGUAGAGUGUACCUCAUACUUUAUUGAACCAGUGCAGUGGAUGGAACAAGCUUUGCUCGGUGUGAUGGACGGACAGCUGCUGUGUCCCAAGUGUGGAUCCAAGCUGGGCUCCUUCAGCUGGUGUGGAGACCAGUGCUCAUGUGGCCGCUGGGUCACGCCCUCCUUCCAGCUGCACCGCAACCGAGUGGACGAGAUCCGCCUUCUCACCAUCCGUGGCGUCCUUUGAGGUUGGACUAGAUCAGCAUCCUUUGAGGUUGGACUAGAUUAGCAUCGCUGUUUAAAGUCACCAAAGGUGCGAGUCUUUGGGCACCUAACCCUUCCAUCCCCUUCCUGGGAUGACCAGUCAAUUCAGAAUCCAUUCAAGCCCAUUCUCGCUAUGCAUUAUUUUAUAUAACCUAUUUUCCCGACUAUAGACCAUACCGGUAUUUAAGUCAACUAAGUAUUUUCCAUAUAUUAACCACACCGGACUAUAAGUUGCAGAUAUAUAUGUUGUGAAAUGACUUAUUUACACAGAAAUAUUCUGUAAAUGUUUAUUCGGUGUCUGUAGAAAUGUUUUAGUUAUAUUGUAAAACUUACAAACGUUGCUUGGAGUGAUGAACGAAGAAUCCAUUCGAGUAGAAAUGCCAUGGACGGUUAGACGGAACGGCACUUGUACUUCCGGUUCAACGGAAUCUGAGCUGAGGAUGUGGUUGUGGCUUUGAUAUGAUUGAUUGAUUGAUUGAUUGAACGCUUUAAACAGCAGGAAUUCACAUUCACCCAGCAACCUCGUCCAAAAGAUGGCGCUGUAGCACAAACAGUAACACACCAUUGUAGUGUUUCCGCAUGUGUGUAGUAAAAAUGUUGUGCUUCAUGGCCGUAAGCGAAGAAAGAUUGCUUAAAUGAGCCGCACUGUUUUAGAAGCCGCGGGGUUCAAAGCGGAGCAGUGGUUUAUAGUCCGGAAUUUACUGUGGUAUAAUACAUAAUUGACAAAUAAUACAGGAUGAUGGAAGGUUUUGAUUUAAUAAGUUAGAUAUAUAGAUAGAUAGAUAGUACUUUAUUAUCUAUCUAUCUAUCUAUCUAUCUAUCUAUCUAUCUAUCUAUCUAUCUAUCUAUCUAUCUAACGUAUUAAAUUAAAGAUCAUGUAUUUCUGAAUAAUCAUCAUCAGACCUGUAGCGGUGCAGGUGUUUGUAAGCUGCAGGGUUCAAAGCGUAGGGAAAAAGUAGCGGCUUAUAGUCCAGAAAAUACAGUAAUAAUUAGAGAGAAACCUUUUCAAAAUAUCGUGUAGAUGGCCUAAAACUGCUUUAAAAAAUGUAUUCUGAUUAAAACUUUUUUUUUUUAAAUAGAUGAUUGAAAAUAAGGAGUGUGUUUGAAUAAGAAUGGCGAUUCAGAUGUGAAUCUAGUUUUCUUAUGCAGCCCUAAAAGUCGCCCAUUUUUCAUGGACAUGGAGACAUAACAGACCCAAAUGUCAUUGACACAUUAUUGUAAAUAAAACAUUGUGUUUCUUA